GGGUAUUGGUGCACUUGUUAUAAAACUGCUCCCCCUUCCUGACCGGAUUUCGCAACAAUAAGUUUAUUGUGUGCUUUGGCUUUCGCUGGAGGUGGAUCGGGAAACGAAAGGACAUGGCAGGGGGUGUAGCGAAAAUGAAUGGACUAGCAGUAACGUCGCCUCGUAAAAAAGUUCGUCGAGACAGUGCAGCUAAAGCAACAGUAGUUUUAGGAGCGCAGUGGGGCGAUGAAGGAAAAGGAAAGGUUGUAGAUAUGUUGGCUACGGAAGCUGACAUCGUCUGCAGAUGCCAGGGUGGCAACAACGCUGGUCACACUGUCGUUGUGGACCAUACAGAGUACGACUUCCACCUCCUCCCCAGUGGCAUCAUCAACCCAAAGUGCAAGUCAAUAAUUGGUAAUGGCGUGGUCAUCCACCUGCCAGGUCUGUUUGAGGAGUUGGAGAAGAACGAAGCUAAGGGAAUGACGAACUGGGAAGACAGAUUACUUGUGUCUGACAGAGCACACAUUGUGUUUGAUUUCCACCAGCAAGUAGAUGGUCUACAAGAGCUAGAGAAGGGGCAAAAGUCUCUUGGAACGACGAAAAAGGGCAUUGGACCAACUUACUCCUCGAAAGCCAAUCGCAAUGGAAUUCGCAUUGCAGAUCUUUUGGGAGACUACAGCCAGUUCACAGAAAAGUUCCAAAGCCUCGUCUCUGUGUACCAGAGAAUGUUCCCCGCCCUCCAAGUUAACGUCGAAGCUGAACUAACACGCUACAAAGCAUUUGCCGAACGAAUACGGCCACAUGUGGUCGAUACAGUGUCUUACCUGCACUCUGCCUUGAAGCGUGGGCAGAAGGUGCUGGUCGAAGGGGCAAAUGCAGCCAUGUUAGACAUUGAUUUUGGCACGUAUCCGUACGUCACGUCGUCCAACUGCAGCAUCGGGGGCGUCUGCACCGGCCUGGGUCUUCCCCCGUGCCACAUCGGGGACGUCAUUGGCGUGGUGAAGGCAUACACCACUCGCGUCGGGGAUGGACCCUUCCCCUCCGAGCAGCUGAACGAGGUGGGGGAGCUGCUGCAGACCAGAGGCAGCGAGGUCGGCGUGACGACCAAGAGGAAGCGACGGUGCGGUUGGCUUGACAUCCCGCUGCUCCAGUACACGUCCAUGGUCAACGGCUACACUGCGCUGUGUCUCACCAAGCUGGACAUACUUGACACUUUGCCUGAGCUGAAGAUGGCGGUGGCGUACAGGAGCAAAGGAAAGGUGCUGGACCACUUCCCAGCCAACGCCGCCGAAGUUGGCAGUGUGGAGGUGGAGUACGAGAAGUUUCCUGGCUGGGAGAGCAGCAUCGAGGACAUCAGAGAGUACGACAAGCUGCCGGAGAACGCCAGGAAGUACAUAGCGAGAAUAGAGGAGCUGCUGGAAAUACCGGUGAAGUGGGUGGGAGUCGGUAAAGGGCGGGAGUCCAUCAUCAACGUUUACUGACGCCUUGCAGGGUGCACCACCGUACUCCGCUCAGCAGGUCGCGAGCUGUAACAUUACUGUAGCGUACACGUAGUGUGUUGUGGGCUUAAGGUUAUUUACAGUUACACUGAUGCGUAUAUUAUUCUGCAUGAUGUGUGUUCUGCAUCCCUUUUAUGUUACCUAAUGGCUUUUAUCUGAAAUGGGUUUCCUCAAAUUUAUCAAAAACUUAAAAUUACUUCAGCUUGUGGCCAGCCUCAGGUUAGUAACUGUACCAUUUCAUAAUUUUAAAAUGUGACUCAGAAUUUUAGCCAAGAAAGAAAAUCCUAACCACCUUCAACAUUGUUUAGCUUUGUGUUUUAUCACCUGUCGAGCACAAUUAUUUUAAGAUAGAACUGUGUUUUUUAUGUAUGCGUGUAAUCUGUAAUUGAGUGUGGUUGAGGAUAUAUAUAUUUUUCUAUUCAUGUUUUCUGAUGUUUGCCUGCCAAUGAAUUCAGAUUCAGAGAUUUUUUUUAUAAAUUUAAGGUAUACUUGUUUAGCACCAAAAAGAAAUACAUGUGAGAUAAGUGAUGCAUGUUUGCAUUAUGCUUUAAAUUUUUUGAGCUGAUCACUUAGUGUCAACACGGUGUAUUUAGUAAUCUCAUUAACCAUAAAAAACAAAGAUUAUAUUUUAUUCUUAAAAAAUAUAUAAGGGGUGAAUAUAGGAGUAAGCUUUAAAAUAUUUUUCAGCCAUCUUUUUAUAGUAACCUUAUUUUUAUUAAGAAAAUCUAUAAUUUGCUUUUAUAUUAGAUUAUAGAGUUUUGUGCUUGUGUUGUAAGGAUAGAACAAAUUAUUGUGAUCAAGGGCAUAAAUAUUUCACUGUAACAAGGAUGGAUAACAUGCAAAAUUCCAGAGUACAAAAAAUUGUAUAGUACUGUGUGGCAUGCUUGAAAGAGUUGUGAAAAGUUCUGUUUGUGUCAAUGAAGUUUGGUCAGAUAUCUUUUAAGUAUGUGUUUGUACAGAGUGCUGAUACAUGUGAUGGUAAAUAUCAUUGAAUAAGCUAAUUGUCUAAUAAUUUUUGUUCAAAAUUUGAAAUUUGGAUUUUCAGCUUUUGGACAUUAGUCAUAGACUUACGUUCUUGGUUAGAAGUUGUUGGCUAAUUAUGUAUGUUUAUCAGUUAUAGUUAGGUCAGUUCCUAAUACACAGAUUGUACAGUUUCAAUUCUCAAAUUCAGAAUUUUAUUUUAAAUUUUAUUUGGAUUUAUAAAAUGUAAUAUGAACACAUGAUUCAUAUACUUUAUUCAAAAUGUUAUUAAUUUCUAAACUAUAGUGCAGUAAUAAGAGACAACUUUAAAAAAUACAGGAAAGUUUAAUUUAGCUGUUAGCCCCAUGAUACAUUUAUGAGAUUCAUUAAAUUUUUGAGGAUUUUGUAUUUAAUGGAUACUAAAACUAAAAUCAUAGCUGGCACUCUUUUAUCUUCUGUCAACUUGAAUAUCAUAACUGAAUGAUGUGCUGAUUUGCAAUCCUCUUCUAAAUUGUGAAGUCUUCCAGACUGUUGUUUCAUUGCAAUAAGCUAAUUUUCGCAUCUGCUGCCAGCUUUCUGUUGGUCCUGCUCACAUCCUGCCAGUCUCCUUUAUUCUCCAGUAAGCUGAGACACUGAACAAAGACUUCACAUGUAUCCAUGGAACUCUACAGAGGACAGAUAUAUGGUGCAACCCAUCGUCUAGGCUGACCCUUAUGGUGAAAGUGUUGGAUUUUUAUGACCCAAAUUAUAGGUGUGACCCAUAAGCAGGGAUGAUGGUCUGUGAGUAAAUGUUUUUUUUUUUUUUUUUUUUGCAUGUGUAUAUAAAUGUUUUGGUUUUGUAAUUCCUUGAUUUCAAGGGUAAGGAAUAAUAAAUAUAAUAAAAUUCCAAAAUUAAGAAUUGAAACUGGGAGCUGCAUGUGUUAAGAACUGACGCAGCACAAAAGGUAAAAUAAAUAUGAAUGACAAAGAAUUCAUUUUUAGGACAGAUAUUCCAUUAAGUACAUUUAAAAGCAGUUUUGAUGCAAGAUAGCGUAUCCUUGCCCUGACAAGAACUGAUAGUGGUAGCAAACAUUCCUAAUGGAAAACCCUAUCAAUAAAUAGUAUCAUUAUUCAUUGAUACUCAAAUGUUAAUUGGGAAUAUAUAUUGUAUAGAACUGUGCAAAUAUUUACUUUUUUAUUCAAAUACAAAUAUCAAAAUAUUCUUGGAUAUAAAUAUUAAAUUUAAAUAAUAAGAGGAAAAAUUUUCAACAUGUCAUAAUUUACCAAAUACUUUAUACUAGAUAUGUCACAUUAAUAGUUUUUAUACUUCUUUUCAAGUACCUAAGUUGAAAUAAAACUGGACUCAUUAAUGUAUUGAAAUUUGGAUAUAAAAUUUAUAUUAUAUGCUUAACCUCAAUUUUGAUUAUUUCAUGGGGUUAUAAGAACAGCUUCACUACAGUUGGAAAACAAAUUAAUAUUUGUUACUUUGAAGUGUAAGUAUUUAAAAUAUAAUCAAAUAUAAAAUAAAUUUUACAUGGUUUUGAUAUUUGAAAUUUUGAUAAUUUGCACAGGCAAUAACAAAACCCAGAACUCAACUUUUGAUAUAGUUUCUGUGAACAGUAUCAUCACUAGUUUGAAGUUAUUGUCAUAGCUAAGGUAGUUUUUUUUUUACUUUGAAUCUCACUAAUAUGCUUAGGAAAAUGAAUUAAAUACAGAAGUUACUUAAAACUACUUACUGCCACAGCUUGUCAGUUCAUAUUUAUUAUUAUGUGGAUUGCUUCAGGAAAUAAGAUUUUAUGUAGGUAAAAAAGAUUAAUAAUUCCUGGGCAUUUAUAAUAGUGCAGCAUUUGUUAAUGCAUGUGGGCAUAGCCAUAAUUCUGUAUCACACUUAUUAUUGCACAAAUUUACUAUGUUCAUUCACUGAUUAUAGUUGAAAGGGUGUCAUCAGAACAAGGUUAGCUUGUACAGAUAAUAGCAUAGGAGAUGUGCAAUAUUGUUGGCAUAUAUAUUUUGUGCCUGUAUAAGUACCAUACAUAAAUGCUCAUGAAUGAAGAUUAAUAUUCACUUGGAAAAUAGUAGGGGGAGAAUAACUCUGCAUUAUGUACAUUAAAAAAAAAAAAAGUAAUGUUAGUAUGAUUGAGUGUGUCAAAACACAUGUUUCUCAGGGUUCAAUAUUUGUUUGACAUGAAUCAUUACAUAUUUAAAAAAUAUUACCUUAUCCCUCUGAUGUACUCUGCUAACAUUUUAAGAGUAGAGAAAUUAUUAAAUAAAUACAUAUUUAUAAUGGUACUUAAGCCAAUAGAUGACUGGCUGAUAUUUCAGCAGUUUGCUGUGUUGUAAUGAAUGGGAGUGGCAUAUGAACUCUUGUUGGCCUGGAACUGUUACCAAAUUAUAAGUAUUAUUAAUUAUUAAUAAAUUUUUUAAAUAA